ACGCUCAGCUCCCUCUUGGCCAAGAAGUCCAGAAGGAAGAAGGCGAUGGAGGAGACGUACCUUCUCAAGCACCCUGGGGUGAAGAAGAAGAUUCUGUCUGGAGGCACUGGCCCUCUGCCUCACUUCCCACCUGGGACCAAGGUGGUUUUCCAUUUCCAGACGCUGCUGGACGACUUUGAGCGCACCGUCAUCGACGACAGCCGAUUGGCCGGCAGGCCGGCGGAGAUCUUUGUGGGAAAGAUGUUCAAGAUGGAAGUCUGGGAGACACUGCUGUCCUCCAUGCGCGUCGGAGAGGUGGCCGAGUUCUGGUGUGAUGCAGUUCACACAGGUUUGUACCCCAUGGUGUCAAAGGGGAUGCGGAUGAUCGCUCAAGGCAAAGACCCCCUGGAGGGCCAGAAGCACAUGUGCGGCAUGGGGAACCUCUUCCAUUAUCAUUCCACCGGCUUCCCAGAGCUGGAUGAGCUGAUGAGGACUCCUCAGGCUCUCAUCUUCAUCAUGGAGCUGCUGCAGGUGGGAGACCCCAUGUCCUACCACAGAGAGUCCUGGAUGAUGGAGAAGGACGAGAAGCUGAGCACGGUGCCCGUCCUCCACUCGCAGGGCAACACCUUGGUCAAGCUGCAGAAAUUUGGGGAGGCAGCCAGCAAGUACAAGGAGGCCGUGCUGCUGCUGAAAACGGUCCAGUCCAGGGAGAUGCCGGGCCACGUGGACUACAUUAACCUGGCACGCAUGAUCCUUCCCCUGGAGCUCAACUACUGCCAGUGCAUGCUGGAGCUGCACGAGUACUACCAUGUGAUCGAGCACGCCAGCCAGCUGCUGGACAAACACAAAGACUGUGUGAAAGGGUACUACAAGCGUGCCAAGGCCCAUGCUGCCGUGUGGAACGAGAAAGAAGCCCGCAGAGACUUCAAGAUGGUGGCCCACCUGGACCCCACGCUGGCCUCCCUGGUCCACAGAGAGCUGAGGACCUUGUCGGAGCGCAUGAAGGAGAAGUACUGGGAGGAGAAGGAGGUGUACUGGAAGAAGCUGGAGAGACAUGAUGGUGGCAGUGAGGAGGAGGAGGAGGAGGAUGUUGGCCCAGGAAGAGAAGGAGAUGAAAGGCAGGACAAGGACUGGCAGCAGAUGUUACGUCUGGUCAUGCUGCUGCAGGAUGAAGGCAACUUCCUGCUGAAAGACAAGCGCUUUGAAGAAGCUUCUGGAAAGUUCAAGGAGGCCAUUGACUAUGUGGACUUCCUUCAGAAUAAGCAGGUGCAGAGCGGCCAUGAGGACCAUGAGGACUGGGACUCACUGGAACGAGUGCGUCUGCCUCUGACGCUCAACCUGAGCCAGUGCAUGCUGGAGCUGCAGCAAUACCAGGAGGUGGUGCAGCUCACUGACAAGCUGCUGGAGACCCAUCAAGGUCACUUCAAGGCCGUGUACCAGCGAGCGCGGGCGCACUCCGCCUUGUGCAACGCAGACCAGGCUCGGCGGGACUUGGCCGCCGUGGAGAAGAUGGAUCCCAAAUUCAAGCCUUUCGUCCGCCAGGAGCUGAAGAAGCUGGGGGAGAACAUCCGCUGCAGACACGCCCACCAGAACAAGACUUACUGGGACGCCACCAGGGAGAAGUGGGGGCCCGGAAAGGGACGCCCAAAUAAGGAGAGAGAAGACAGCAUCACUGGCGAGGGGGAAGAGGACGACACAAAGCAGGGCAAGGAGGAUGACCGCACAGGUAAAACAGGUGUGCUUGAAGACAGGUGUGCUCAGCCCACUGAUGGCGACGCCUCAGCGUGAAGAGAAGGUCAAAGGUCAGUCAAGGAUAUUGAACAAGGAAGUGGAGUUCUUGUUCUAGCUUAGUUUAAGAGGGGACAGAAGACCAAAUACGAGAUACCGUAUUUUUCGGAGUACAAGUCGCACCGGAGUAUAAGUCGCACCUGCCGAAAAUGCAUAAUAAAGAAGGAAAAAAAACACAUAUAA